AUGGAAGACAUCGAGGAUUUGUUGGUCGGUGGUGGCGCAGCUCCACCAGGUUUCCGACUACCCAUUACAGCCGCCGUUGGAAUAAAUCCAAUGAAGAAGAAGAAAAGUAAUAAACUAGAGCCAUCAUCUUUGCUUCAAAACUCCUCGACAUGUCAAGUCCCUGGCACCCAGACGAUUUUUUUGAAGACAUUUGGGUGCUCGCAUAACCAGAGUGAUAGUGAGUACAUGGCCGGCCAACUUUCAGCAUUUGGCUAUGCUAUCAGUGACAAUGCAGAAGGAGCAGAUCUUUGGCUGAUAAAUACUUGCACAGUAAAAUCCCCAAGCCAGUCAGCCAUGGACACAUUGAUAUCAAAAUGUAAAAGUGCAAAAAAGCCACUUGUAGUGGCAGGAUGUGUGCCACAAGGAAGUCGGGAUCUGAAAGAGCUUGAAGGUGUCAGUGUGGUUGGAGUUCAGCAAAUUGAUCGGGUCGUAGAGGUUGUUGAGGAGACCCUUAAAGGGCAUGAGGUCCGACUAUUGAAUCGCAAAACUCUCCCAGCACUCGAUCUUCCUAAGGUAAGGAAGAACAAAUAUGUAGAAAUUCUUCCGAUAAAUGUCGGUUGUUUGGGGGCUUGCACUUAUUGCAAGACGAAGCAUGCUCGAGGUCAUCUAGGAAGCUAUACGGUUGACAGCCUUGUGGGACGUGUCAAAAGUGUUGUAAAUGAUGGAGUCAAAGAAAUUUGGUUGAGCAGUGAAGACACUGGGGCAUAUGGUCGUGAUAUUGGAGUAAAUCUUCCAAUUUUGUUGAAUGCAAUCGUCUCAGCACUCCCUACAAAUGGGAGCACAAUGCUCCGCAUUGGGAUGACUAACCCUCCUUAUAUUCUGGAGCACUUGAAGGAGAUAGCCGAAAUCUUGUGUCACCCUUGUGUUUAUUCAUUUCUUCAUGUACCCGUUCAAUCUGGGAGUGAUGCUAUCUUAACUGCAAUGAAUCGAGAAUAUACAGUAGGCGAGUUCCGGAAGGUAGUGGAUACGUUGACUGAACUUGUUCCUGGGAUGCAGAUUGCAACUGAUAUUAUUUGUGGAUUUCCUGGUGAAACAGAUGAAGAUUUUGCUCAAACAGUUGAUUUAAUCAAGGACUACAAGUUUUCCCAAGUUCAUAUCUCUCAAUUCUAUCCUCGACCAGGAACCCCGGCUGCAAGGAUGAAGAAGGUGCCUAGUCAUAUAGUGAAGAAACGGAGUCGUGAACUGACUUCAGUCUUUGAAUCGUUUACGCCUUACGAUGCUAUGGAAGGAAAUGUCGAGAGGAUAUGGAUUACUGAUAUUGCAACUGAUGAAAUGCACUUGGUCGGCCACACCAAGGGAUAUGUGCAGGUUCUGGUUGUCGGUCCCGAAAGUUUGCUCGGGUCUUCAGCAAUGAUAAAGAUAACUUCAGUUGGACGGUGGUCCGUUUUUGGGGACAUCAUCCAGAUCCUCGAUGAUAGAAGUGGGGUCACAAGUCCAAGUGACAAAAAGGAUACAAACAACAAAGCAAAGUGCGUAGAAGAUACUUGUGGAUGUUCAUUGGCAAAGCCAGAACCUUGUGCUUGUGAAUCUGAUGCUUGUGAACCCAAUGGUUGUUGCAAUAUUGCUGAAAAUGACUCAUACCCAGAAGUUGAAAAUGGCCGAAAUCUUGGAGGUUUAUUGUUGCGAAAGAAACCUUUACGGCCAAUGGUGGAAUUAGAAGAUAAUGGGAAUCAUAAACUUGCUGUAAGCAAUGUGCGUGAUCGUGAUUGGGGUCUUCUUGAUAACGUUCUUGUAGGUGGGAUUUUUAUGAGCUUAUUGACGAUAGUAGUGCUAGUUUUGUACGUGGGUUCUUGAUAACAUUUCCUGAACUCGGGAUCCUUAUGCGGUAAUGAUUUAUCUUCAAAUUGUGAUUUAGAAUGCUUGUUCUGAAACUGGUAGCUUGUUAUUUCACAUAUUUGCAUUAAACAAUGUACAAGUAGAAUGAGUUAUUUCAAGGAUUCCAUUUUGGCUGUAACAAA